CCGUUCCCAGAAUAGCUGGCGAUGUUGCUACACGUAAACAAGUUAGUGAUUAUAACAAACUCGGGCAAGUGGCUGGACGCGCGCGCGUAUAAUAUUUAUUUACUUUUAAUUGGGACAAUACCUACAGUUAAUUGGGACAAUUUAGCGGUCAAUCAUGGCCAACAGAAUAUUUCUGUUGUGCCUAGUGCUCUCUAUAUCGUUCGCGUGUUAUUUUGAGAGUGUUACGGGCUCGCCUAGAAGAGGAGGAGGAUACAGCAGAGGAGGCGGCAGCAGAGGAGGAGGUUCCUCAAGUUGGGGAAGAGGAGGGUCGUCUUCAAGUUCCGGAUCGAGUUGGUCGUCAUGGAACUCCAAACCGAGUUAUCCAUCGUCUGGUGGCCUCUCCGGCUAUGGAUCUGGGUCAAAACCCAGCUACCCGUCCUCAUCUUCAGGCCUAUCGGGAAGUAAUAGUUGGUCGUCAUGGAACUCCAAACCGAGUUAUCCGUCGUCUGGUGGCCUCUCCGGCUAUGGGUCUGGGUCAAAACCCAGCUACCCGUCCUCAUCAGGAGGACUGUCUGGGUAUGGAAGUGGACAAAAGCCGAGCUACCCAUCGUCGUCAACGGGCCUGUCAGGCUCAGGAUCUGGAAGCUCUUCGUCUUCGGGUUCUAGCUGGUCUUGGUGGGGAUCCUCAUCAAGCUCUAAUAAUAAUAAUAAUAAUUAUGGAACCCAUUCCUACCCUAGCUCAAACGGAGGGCUAUCUGGAGGUUCCCGCCCCACUUACGGAACCUCUUCCCUUCCAGCUGGAGUAAUUUACGCCAACAACAAGUACGGUAACAACUACGCUACACCUCAUCAUACUGGAACUCAUGUUGUGAAUAAUCACAUCACUAAUAAUUAUCAUACUCCUAAUGUAUACCAUACUGCUCAUCCCUACUACUCAUCACCCCAGUACGUGUAUGUGACUGAAUAUAGAAAUUCUGGCAGCCGCUACGGAGACAUUUUGACGGGUUUAGCGUUGUACAACUUGGGGCGCUCCCACAGCCAUUAUCACGAUGACCACUAUUACCAUGACGACUAUUAUAGACGCCGUUACAACUCCAACGGAAAUAUGAAUAGUAACUAUUCCCCCCAGAACGCAGCUGUCUGCACUAUGAAAAUCACAGAAAACGGAAGAGUUGAGACAUUGAAAAUACCUUGCGAAAUCAUCUCGACGUUCACUAAUGAGGGAAAGCAGGUUACGAUUCCUCAGAGUCAAGUUAAUUCCACAACGUGUGUGACGAACUCUACUAUGGUGAACAAUACUGCACCUGUGAAUACCGCGUCAGUAAAUGCAACCGUGUUAUCGAACGUGACAAUGAUCAACUCUACGACUUGCACAUUCACUGUCAACGCGACAGAUCCCCUUAAAGUGAAGGGACCUCCUAUAAACCCAUCGGAUAUGGAAUGCGAAGUGGAGAUCAGAACUAGAGAUAUCCUUACUACUAAUAAAGUGGACUGUAAUACCUUGUUGCGUUACUCCAAAAUGCCUGAGCCUGCUAAAUCAGAAAAUACGAUAUUACCGGAAAGACAAAAAUUGAAGCAGAUUCUACAUAAUCCACCGUGGUGGAUGUCAUUGUUCAUUGCUGUGUAAUUUACUACGUUUAUAUACAAUAUUUUAGUUGAAAUGUAAACUUGCCAUGUGCAUCAUUAUAAGAACUUAAUAAUGUAGAUAAAUAAGUUGUUUUUGUAAAUAAUCUUAAGAUACCACGAAACUAUUAUAUUAUCUACGAAAUGGGUUGAAAGGUUAACUGAUUGGUACGAGUAAAUUAAGUUGAUAUCACCUUAUUAUUUCGUUUUUAAUUGAACCUAUUAUUUUAUAAGAAAUAUUAAGUACCUACUUUAACUGCGUGUUAAUCUUUUCGAAAUGUAACAAUAAAUAAUUCUGUCAA